GCGCUCACCGUCUCUGCCAUGGACAUUUUCUGCGACGACCCAACCGAAGUGGCAGCCAAAUCAGCCGAGCGACAAGCCAACAAAAGCGAAAAGGAAAUUAUCGAUCGAAGAGUGAAAAAGUCAUUCGACGCCUGAUUUGCUUUGGCAAAGAGGGCACACAAAUCGCUUUUUCGCAAAAAUUUUAGUUACAGUUUGCAAAUAAAUUGGAUUGCAGUAAUUGAAAGUUUAAGGAUAUUUGAAUAUACAACGAUACGCGUUGCCUAAUACGGUUGUGCUGUGUGGUGUACUUAUUCCGUGGGUGUUGCAAAUUGUUGGUGAAAAAUAUUUUUUUUUGAAGUACUUCAGCUGGCAUACAUACAACAGUGGCUUAGCACGCACACACAGACACACACUAAAAUCUCCAGUCACAACCAGCAUCGAGCAGUCACUUUCGAAGCACAAUGGCUGACAGCGAAUUUGAAGAAUUCCACAGGCCCAUCUUUGAGCCACAUCAAAUUCAGACGUACAUAAGCUCUGGCCAAAAGAAAAAUAAUGCACACACAUUCUACUCCCUCAUUCCCAAUGAUGAUCUCGAGGAUUCGCCAUCUUCGAAAAGUGAUUCUUCCGAUCAGGAAGAUGCUGGCGGUGGAGAACUCUGCUGCGAAUCGUCGACGAAGCUUCAACGUCAGGUGGAGGAUGAUGAAAUUGGCGAUGGUCUCAAAAUUGUAUCACUCUCUUCUGAUGGAUCGCUGGACACAAAUGACUCCUUCAAUUCACAUCGCCAUCAUCCAUUAAACCAUCAGGAUGCAAUCGGUGGUCUAGUUGGCGUUGGUAUUGGUACUGGCACUGGCGGUGGCACUAUUAUUGGAAAUAGUACAACUGGCAGUGAUGGCACUGUGGGUCAUCAAUUAUUGCUCUCGCCCAAUACAGCUGCUGCUAUUGGUGCAACUCAGCUGCAACAACGACGUAGACGAAAAUUACCGGAAAUACCCAAAAAUAAGAAAUGUAAGUUGCUAGCGAUUUGUGUAAUUCGUAAAUGA